GGACUGAUAAAGCUUCGAAGAACUUGCAAGGAAUGGAAUAAUCUAAUUCCAGCGGCUUGUAAAGAUGAAGUCUGUGAAUUUUAUAGGAAAUGGAGAUUUUGUCGAGACAAACAAGACCCACUAUAUGAAGAUCUAAUUCCUUGUAAAAGUUACGAUUAUUUCAAAUUCAAAUUUCGAGAUGAUACAUAUUUAGUUCCAAAUGAUAAUGAUAUUACAAGAUUCAUAUCAGAAACAUAUAGGAAACAAAAAAUUAUUGUUGAUGGAGAUGUUUGGUCAUUGUUUACAAAAUGGAAUAACAAACCAUCAUCAUAUUGUUUACAUGAAGAAGUUGUGAAUUUAAAGAAGAUUAAGUAUCUUUUGUCGCCGGCUUGUGUUAUUUUUGAAGACAUAGAUGGAUUAAACAAAGGCAAGGAAUAUAAAAGAUAA